UGAUCCGGCCGGACUCGAGCACGAACCCGACCGACCUCUGCCCCACCACGCCCCCCUUCUUCUACAGUUCAAACCGGCGGCGACCUCUUCCGCCGCUCGCCGAGCAGCUACUCCGGUAAAGGUUCGUGUUGCAUGCUUCAUCUUGUAGGCUUGUAUUUUUCAGGCUGACACUCCGGUGAUCUUAUAAACCGGCAUAUUUGUCCUCUACACUGAAUAUGUGGACAAACAUUUUCAAGCUUGGGGAGCUCCAAAAUGUAUCAUGGUUUCAGUUUCUUCCUAUUGAACCAGAUCUAAGUACAGCUUCCGAGAGAAGUUCAAAAGCUGAGCAGAAAGAUGCUCUUAACAACAUUGUGCUGUCGGCACAUCUUCACUUACAAAGUGAAGGUUUCCUAAGUACUUGGACAAAUUCCUUUGUUGGUCCAUGGGAUCCAUCGCAAGGAGAGCAUAACCCUGAUGAGAAGAUCAAGCUCUGGUUGUUUCUUCCUGGCCGUCACUCGUCUGUACCUGAAAUGGCUCAACAUGCUGUAGCCAAAUUAAGAGUUGUUUCAAAUGGUUUAUGGGUAGCCCCAGGCAACUCGGAAGAGGUUGCAGCUGGACUCUGUCAGGCACUAAGAAAUUCUUUAGAAAGAACACUACGGGGACUUUCCUAUGCAAGAUUCGGUGACGUCUUUACAAAAUACUACCCUCCUACAAGAAAUCAGAACAGCUUUAGGCGAGCACAGCCUACAAUCGAAUUUGUCUUUGCUGCUACCGAGGAAGCGAUCUUUGUGCAUGUGGUAAUAUCUGCAAGGUACAUGAGGAAUCUUUGCAGUGAUGAUAUCGAGAAAGUUCUCACUCAUUCUCCUCGCUCUGUUGGCGAAGGUCUUCCAGUAAUAGUUGCUCCUAGUGGAAUGCUGGGUAAGCUUGUUGGCUGUUGUCCGAGUGAUCUUGUGAGACAAGUAUAUUCGAGCAAACUAUCGGCAGCCACUUUACCUGGUUUUACUCAACCUACCAUCUGCCAGUUGAGAGGGCAAAGCUACUAUGUUGAAAUCGCCCUUGGUUUUCCAGCUGCCACAACCGACAAAGUUCCUGAAUCAGAAAAUAAUCAAAUAAUAAAAGAAUUAGAUACAGUGAAGGAUGCUCAGUUAAGUGCUGAUGAACAUCAAAAGCUAGAAUCUGCUGAUAGUGUUCCAGUUCUUGAAAGGACAUUCAUAUACCCACCCGAGGCUAUUAUGGUACCCAUGGUCCAUCAGGCAUUCGUUCGCUUUUCUAGUAAAAGAAUGUGUUCACAGGGCUGUAUGGGAAAUUCAUCAUGGGAGGGAUGGCCAUUCUGGAACUUUUCUCCAUCUUCUUACUUUCUGAACAGCUCUUGCCUUGGAUCUUCUCGUGGACUUGGAGUGAAUUCUAAUUUUCUAAGAUUAAGGAGACAGAAGAACAACAAUUACACUAGCACAGCUAGUAGUAUCAGUAGCGUUAGUAGCACUUCCAAUGGAAGUGAACAUGCAGUUGCUGCUGAAGGUGGUGAUCUUUCAGCUGAUGCAGACUCUAUGGCAUGCCAUCAGUCUGAUCUGCCAUCCAACAUUGCUGGUAGCAAGAUGGUAUCCAAGCGGCCUCGUUCUGAAAUAACAGAAGUUUCUUCCCGUGCUGGUAAAGAAUCCGUGGAUAACAAUCAAGGGGCAAAUGGUCAAGGUAGAUGUUCUUGGGGCUGGGAUGAGGAAGGGGUUGUGAUGGACAUCAAUUUACUAAUAUCAGAGUUUGGAGAUUUUAGUGACUUCUUUCAAGAAGAGGAGUUAGACUUUGGUGAGCCUCCAGGUACUGCUGAAUCACAUUCUCUGGUGAUCCCUGGUUCUGACUGUGGGGAUGCGACAUUCACAGAUAGUCCAUCUACAGCUAUGGAUAUACCCGAACAAAGACUUUCUCCAGUUGGUCUCUCAUCUUUGGAGGUAUUUAACCACCAAACUAUGGCACCUAUUCAUGAUGUUGUUUCUAAGGUUCAAGAACCUCAGAAAGAUAUUGCAUCGCCUACAGGCUCCCAAUCAGUAGUGUUAUCAUCUGGUAGAUCUAGUUAUCUUACCAAAGCUGAGGCAUUGCUCACUUAUGCACCUGAGUAUGCAGCUGUUGAAAUUUCCGUUGGUGAGGCACCAACUUCUCUGUUUACAAAUCCUUACCAACCCAAAUCCAUCAAACCAGGGAGUUCUAGUUUUAACUCGAGAGUUUAUUCAUAUGAUGCUGCACAAAGUUCUCAAAUGGAGUCUGGAGAAGACAAGGCUGAGAAGUUCGUUAGACUAACAUCUGGUAAUCUUUCACGGGAUAUUGGUUCAUCAAACUUAUACACAGUUGUCCAAGUUGGGAAAAAAGAAAGUGACAAAGGAUUAAAAAAUAAUGAAAUACAAUCAGGCAAGGAGGAAGCAUCAAGACCCAUUUCUGGCGAGACUUCACUAAAUUCUUCUCUGGUUUCUCAAAGGAAGAGUGACAGCAUGUUUAAUGCUGGGUACUUCCUACUGUCUAUGAAGACUGCACUUGCAACUGAAAUUGAAUGUAUCAGGUUCCAGGCUGCCAUGUGUAGAAUAAGGCAUACACUAUUGUCUUUGAGAAGCAAAGCAUCUACUGAGUUAAAAAGUGCCUUUUCCAGUCUUAUGCAUACAGAUGUCAACAGCAAGUUAGAUCUUGUCCCCAAAUAUGACAUUAAAAGGAAAGAAAAUAUACCAGCUAGGCUAUCUAUUGAUGUUGAUCAUGAAGUAUAUGACAGAUCCCAAAUAGAAAAUGUUGGAGUUUGGAGGUCCGUGGGGACACCUAAAGGAGCAACACCUCUUGAGUCUUUUUCUGCUAAAACAUAUACUGGUCCAAGCCAAGGUCUGUCUGCAAAAAGACAGCCUAUUGUGGAUCUUCUCAGUGCCAUGGCUUUGAUAGUUCAACAAUCUACUUCAUUUGUUGAUGUUGCACUUGAUAUGGAUGAUGGAGAUGGUUCUUUUUUCUGGCUUUCCUUGGAUGAGCAAAAGAGACGUGGAUUCUCUUGUGAUCCUUCAAUGGUUCAUGCUGGGUGUGGCGGAAUAUUAGGAACGUGCCAUUCUAAGGACUGCGCUGGCGUUGAUUUGGUUGACCCACUUUCUGCAGAGGUUUCAGAGUCAUCCGUGAUUAGCUUGUUACAGUCUGAUAUAAAAACGGCUCUUAAAACUGCCUUUGCCAGCAUGGAUGGUCCAUUAUUAGUGACUGAUUGGUGCAGGGGUCGAAGUAAUGCCGCCGAGUCUGCAUCUAUUGGAGAUGCAUACUCUUUUCAGCACCCAACUGGUGAUAUCCGCGAGUCUUCAAGCAGUAUAUCCAUAGGUGGAGAUUCAAUGAGCCCACCUCUGUCGAGCCAUGUUAUGUCUAAUGACCGAGGCACUUUGGAGCUGGAGCACCAUAGGGGAUACCACCGUGUUAGACCAACUGUGGCUGUCCUCCCUUUGCCUUCUCUGCUUGUCGGUUACCAGGAUGAUUGGUUAAAGACCUCUGCUAAUUGUCUUAGCUUGUGGGAGAAGGCUCCUCUGGAACCUUAUGCUUCACCGAAGCCUGUUACUUAUUAUGCCCUAUGCCCUGAUAUUGAUAUGCUUACUUCUGCGGCCACAGAUUUUUUCCUUCAGCUUGGAACAAUUUAUGAAAUUUGCAAACUGGGCACUCAUUCUCCACAAAACAGUGGAGGUCAAAUGGAACUAUCCCCUGGAAAAUAUUUGUCUUCAGGGCUCGUUCUCAUCGAGUGUCCUGAUCAAGUGAAGAUUGGAAACAGUCACUCAAGUUCCAUCAGUUCAACAAGCGAAUAUCUUCAAGCUCUUUCAAAAAGUUGGACCGUGAAAAGCUUUGUAACAUCUCUGACAAGGGUGAUAAAGGAUAUAAAACUAAAUUCAAACAUCUUGGCAAAUCAGAAAGAAAGCACUAGUGGACCUUGCACUGUAAUUUAUGUAGUCUGUCCAUUUCCUGAACCUUCUGCUGUCCUAGAGACACUGGUAGAAUGUUCUGUUGCUCUUGGGUCGGUGAUGUUAUCACCAGAAAGAGAAAGGAAAUCAUUCCUAUAUUCGCAGGUUACCAAAGCCCUGAACUGCAAUGCUUCUGUUGAUGAAUCAUCAGCAUCCAAUGUUGUGAUGCUCUCAGGUUUCAGUAUACCUAAGAUUGUCUUGCAGAUUGUUCCCAUUGGAACUUUAUUGAGACUCCAAAAGCCAAACAAUGAACUUGCUGUUUUAAAGGACAUGGCAUUCACUGUGUACAACAAGGCUCGCCGAAUCCCAAAGGCCAUGACCACGAGUGACAUGUUUCAGUCACCUGCUUAUAUGGGUAGGUCUCAGUCCACAAUGAUGCAUGCUACAUCUCCUGGUCCUACCCUUUGGAAAGAAUGUUUAGUUCCUCGAAUGUCUAGAGAAACAGAGUUUGAUGCAUCCAUGAGGUCAUCAGUAACAUGGGACAACUCAUGGCCUGGCCGUGCUGGAGGAUUCAUGGACCCAAAUAAGAUCCCAGAUGUAUGUGUUCAAGAUGACAGGAAGUAUGCGUUUGAGCCACUUUUCAUACUAGCAGAGCCUGGAUCUGUUGAUUACAGUACUGGAAUGGAAUCUUCAAAAUCCAAUGUAGACACUAGUGGCAGUGGAAUUUACAGCUCAAUUUCAGGUGGUGGCUCUGAUAGUGGAGUCGAAGGAUCUGACAAUGACAAUGCUGCAAGUCUUCAUUGCUGCUAUGGUUGGACCGAGGACUGGCGAUGGCUAGUUUGCAUCUGGACAGAUUCUAAGGGAGAGUUGUUGGACAGCUUAAUAUUUCCUUUUGGUGGUAUUAGUAGCCGCCAGGACACGAAAGUUUUCCAAAGCCUGUUCAUCCAAAUUCUGCAGCAAGGCUGCCAAAUAAUGUCAUCUGCACCUGAGUGUAGCAAUACAAGACCAAGAGAUGUAAUAAUAACCCGUAUUGGAGGUUUCCUUGAACUUGAAAUCCAGGAAUGGCAAAAAGCAAUAUACUCAUUUGGUGGCAAUGAAGUUAAGAAGUGGCCAGUGCAGUUACGGCGAUCUAUACCUGAGGGUAUCCCAUCAAAUUCUAAUGGACCAGCCCUCCAGCAACAAGAUAUGGGCUUAAUGCAAGAUAGAAAUAUGCCGUCCUCACCAAGCCCUUUGUACAGCCCUCAUGCAAAAUCUAGCUUCAUGAAAGGUGGUGCCCUUGGUCAAUCAGGCAACAAAAAGCAGAUCCUAGUGGAACAAGCUGGAAUGGACAGUUCAAAGGGUUCAUUGCACUUGGUUCGCAGCAUCAGUUUGGUUGCAGUUUCCCAAGAUCAUUCGUUGCAUCUCACAUGCCAAGCGGAUCUGUUGGCCAGACCUACUCCUGGUGAAGGGAAUCAAAGUAGCAGUGGUCCUUCAAGUUACUUGGAAGGGUUCACUCCAGUCAAGUCCAUUGGGUCAAUGUCAGCCUCGUAUCUCCUAGUCCCUUCACCAAGCAUGCGGUACCUUUCGCCAGCGACAUUACAGCUUCCAACAUGCCUUACCUCAGAAUCGCCACCUCUUGCGCACCUACUGCACAGCAAAGGGACAGCAAUUCCCCUAGCAAUGGGCUAUGUAGUCUCCAAAGCUGUCCCGCCGGUGAGAAAGGACUCCGCCCGUCUUGCCAAAGAGGAGAGACCCUCUGUACUCUCAGUUAGCAUCAUUGAUCACUAUGGAGGCAGCAUUGCUGCUGUUCAAGAAAAGAUGAGUCGAGGUUCUGGCAAGCAAACUAGGAGCUUCACCCAGGAGUCAGCAGGUCGUGAUCAUGAGAUGGAGAUGCACCAUGUGCUGGAAACUGUGGCCGCCGAGCUCCACUCCCUCUCAUGGAUGACAGUGAGCCCGGUGUACAUGGAAAGACGAAGCGCCCUGCCUUUCCACUGUGAUAUGGUCCUACGGUUGAGGAGACUUCUGCAUUAUGCUGAUCGGCAUCUCUCCCAAUCAGCAGAGAAAGGAGAUGUAGCUUAGAAACUAGAGGAAAACUAAUUCUCAUGUAGCUUUCACCACAGGAAAAACAAGGGCUGGAUGACGCUGAAACCGUGUCUGUACGUAGUAUAUUAGGCAGGUAGGUGAGGUCACAUUGACGAGCUCUCUAGCCCGAUUUUGCCUUGUUAGUGAAUUGAUGAGAAGCUAAUUUCUUGGGUUGAGAAUGUAAUUACGUGCCCAGCGACACCUCUCCCAGGACCAAGGACCAGUUGUAAUAUUGUAGAGCUAGCUGAUUUAUAAUUUGGGUAUGUGUCAUUGAUAUAUUAAUUGCUACAAAUUAGAAAGAGUUAAUUGGAUUCGUAACACUAGUUUACUCUUUUCUUCAA